GGUGGUCGCAGUGGUCGUUCUUUUCGUCAACAUGGAUCAAGAGAAAGGCGUCGCGAGUGUUCUCGUGCUCGUAGUCCGGUCUCAGCCAUCCCUCCCAGGCAGUCUUUGAAUGUCCCAGAAUCCUCAUCACGUUCGAGAAGAAAGGCAGCAACAAGGGAUUCAAAAGGACGUGGAGGCGGAGGAGGAGGUGGUGGUGGAAAGAAGUCCUAUCGAAGCAGUCAUCACAGUAGUCGUCAUCCUCGAUCACCAACACCACGUAGGAAUCGACCACCUUCUACAUCUCGAAAAUCUCGUCUUCCUGAUGUUGGGAUUCAAUCAUCUUCCAUGACACCAGUUAAUCCCCUGGAACCGGUUUCGAAUGCGUUCACUGAUGUUUGGGCGAAACAGCGUCGAUCAUCAGUUGGUGUCAUCUAA